AUGCGCAUUUCUCUUCUUCAGCCUCUAGUGCUGGCUCAGCUCUUCAGCUUCGGCCUUGCACAAGCUCAGACACCUGAUUCUACAGAGCCGGCAACCACCGCUGAGAGCAUCUCAAUUGCUCCAACUUCGUCGCCGGUUGGCGAUGAUAACGCCGGUGGCUCAACCGAGACAGGUUCCGGCGGAGGAGGAUCAUCAACAAGAUACAACUCAUCACAAGGUCCUCCAGAUGUUCAUCUCAAGGUUCCCGAGCUCUCUGUCGGCCGCAUUGAGCUCGAUGUCGACAAUCUGCACGCAGAUAUCAAUCUCAAAGCAGACGUUGCAAAGCUUGUUCAGCUGAAUGCAGGCAUCCAAAUCGGAAUUGAAAAGGUCAACAUUACCAUUGCCGACGUCGAGGCAGAGCUUGAGCUCGUCGUCAGACUAGGCCACCUGGUUGAGAUUGUCAACAGAACUCUCGCUUCACUCGAUCUUAACCCAGCCCUGAUCAACCUUUUGGACUCAGUGGGUGAUAUUGUCGAAGGUGUGAUUGGUGUUGUGGACGGUCUCCUCGGAUCCAUCACUCAGGGCGAUACAAAGCUUAAUUUCAUCAUCGACAACCUCGGCAACAUUGUUCAGCAGGUCACCAAAGCUGGUGGCGAUGCUGUCAGCUCCAUCAUCGGCGACUACAAGCAAAACAUGACCUUUACAGGCGAGGAGAAGACACUGUCGAAUGGACUCGUUCAAAAGACGUACGAGUACUCAGAACUAAGUGCUUUGGUCAACAUAGUCUUUAAUAAGGCUGGUCAGAUAGUGCAAGCCAUGGUAGUCAAGGGCGGUGGCUCAGGCGGUGGUGGUGGUUCUCAGCCUAGUGGUACUGCGACUGCAUCGCAAGCACCGUCAGCUACUGGAACAUCUGCUGCUGGAGAAGCAACGACUGCUUCUGCCACCUAG